ACUGCCAUGUCCGAGGAGCUGGCCCCCGGCCCCACCGAGAGCCCGCCGGCGCCGCGGGCAGGCCCCCGCGAGGUGUGGAAGAAGGGCGGCCGCCUGCUGUCGGUGCUGCUGGCCGUGAACGUGCUGCUCCUCGCCUGCACGCUCAUCAGCGGUGGCGCCUUCAACAAGGUGGCGGUGUAUGACACCGACGUGUUCGCUCUACUCACCACCAUGAUGCUGCUGGCCGCGCUCUGGAUCCUCUUCUACGUCCUCCGCACCGUGCGCUGCCCUGAAGCGGUCCCCUACCGGGACGCGCACGCCGGCCCCAUCUGGCUCCGAGGUGGGCUGGUGCUGUUUGGGAUCUGCACUCUCAUCAUGGAUGUCUUCAAGACCGGCUACUACUCCAGUUUCUUUGAGUGCCAGUCAGCCAUCAAGAUACUCCACCCCCUCAUCCAGGCUCUGUUUGUCAUCAUCCAGACUUACUUUCUCUGGGUCUCUGCUAAGGACUGUAUUCACGUCCACCUGGAUCUGACCCGGUGUGGUCUCAUGUUCACGCUCGCCACCAAUCUGGCCAUCUGGAUGGCAGCCGUGGUGGAUGAAUCUGUGCACCAGGCCCACUCCGACAGCAGUUCUCACAGCAACACCAGCCACAGCCGCCUCGCUCCUGACCAGCGUGCGGGCAGCCAGGUCGGAGAGGACUGCUCCUGCAACACGGCCGUCUGCCAGAUCUUCCAGCAGGGUUACUUCUACCUGUAUCCCUUCAACAUCGAGUACAGCCUCUUUGCCUCCACCAUGCUCUACGUCAUGUGGAAGAACGUGGGCAGGCUGCUGUCCUCCUCCACCCACGGCCACGGCCACGGCCACGGCCACAGCCCAUCGCGGGUCAGCCUCUUCCGGGAAACCUUUUUUGCCGGCCCAAUCCUGGGCCUGAUACUCUUCGUGGUGGGGCUGGCCAUCUUCAUUAUCUACGAGGUCCAAGUGAGUGGGGAGGAGGGGCGCACCCAGCAGGCCCUGGUCAUGUACUACAGCUUCAACAUCGCCUGUCUGGGGCUCAUGACCUUGGUCAGCCUGAGUGGCUCCAUCAUCUACCGUUUUGACCGCCGGGCCAUGGACCACCAUAAGAACCCCACGCGCACCCUGGAUGUGGCCCUACUGAUGGGUGCCGCCCUGGGCCAGUAUGCCAUUUCCUACUACUCCAUUGUGGCCGUGGUAGCGGGCACACCCAGGGACCUGCUGGGGGCACUCAACUUAGCCCACGCUCUGCUCAUGAUUGCCCAGCACGUCUUCCAGAAUGUGUUCAUCAUCGAGAGCCUCCACCGGGGCCCGCCUGGGGCCGAGCCUCAUGAUACGCCCCACAAGGAGCCCUGCCACGGCCUCACCUUUGCAAACCUGGAUGCCCUCCAUACCCUGCCCUCCUGCCCACCCACCCCUACGUUGGCUGGCUCCAGCCCAGCAGGCCCUCCGGAAGCAGUGGCCAUCAUCUUGGCACCCGAGGGCCACUGGAGACGCCGGUGCCUGAAGGAUAUUUCUCUGUUUCUCCUGCUGUGCAACAUCAUUCUGUGGAUCAUGCCUGCCUUCGGGGCCCGCCCUCACUUCAGCAAUACUGUGGAGGUGGACUUCUACGGCUACUCCCUCUGGGCAGCCAUUGUCAACAUCUGCCUGCCUUUCGGCAUCUUCUACCGGAUGCAUGCUGUCUCCAGCCUCCUGGAGGUCUACGUACUAUCCUGAAGCCCCCGACAGAGACAUGGGGGGCCCUCGGCUCAUGUGCGCACCCAGAGACCCUCGGGAAUGAGCCCCAGGCUGGCAGUCACUGUGCCACAUUGCCACCCAUUGUCCUCUGGCCCCAGAGUGGGAUUUUCACAGAAGUUAUUUUUCCAGGACGGGUUUUUAAAUCACAAUCAGGACAUGCCCAUCCACCCCAACAUGACCCUGGGGCGUGAGGCGACCAGGGACGGACACCUCUCCCUGCAGCACUUUUAGGACCAGGAUCUGGAAGUGUCCGUGGUCCAGCUCCACCCCUAAUCCCAGCCCUGUGGCCAGCCCUGCUGCCUGGAGCUGAGAACCAAUAAACCUGCAGUCUGCC